AUGGGCCGCGAAGACCAGACGGAGGAGCGAGAGGUGCUCGACUCAAUUUUCCCUGAGGAGAUCACAGACAUAUCCGACACUUCGUACCGAGUAUCGAUAGCUCUUGAUGUUCCCGAGGUUGAAGGCGAGGAUGCAGAGCAGCCAACUAUCUUGCUAGAAGUAUCAUACCCGGAGGAGUACCCCGAUGUUGCUCCAGAACUCAGCAUUUCCUCCCCACCGAAUGCCCCGAGGCACCCGCGGUUGGAUGUUCAAGAGGAUCGGGAGCGGCUUCUCGAGACCCUCCAGCCUACAAUCGAAGAGAAUAUGGGCAUGGCUAUGGUUUUCACACUUGUGAGCGCAUUGAAGGAGAAUGCGGAAGAGCUUAUGAUUGAACGUGCGAACGCCGUUCAGGCCGAAAAGGACAGGGCAGCCGCAAAGGCCGAGGAGGAAGAGAACAAAAAGUUUCAGGGCACACCCGUCAACCGAGAGACCUUUUUGGAAUGGCAUACGAAGUUCCAAAAGGAGAUACAGGAAGAGGAACAGCGACAAAAGGAGGAGAAGGAGGCGGAAGACAAGAAGAAAAAGUCUACAAAGGAGGAGAAGAAGCUCACCGGCCGACAGUUGUGGGAGCGUGGUUUGGCUGGCAAGGGCGACUAUGACGAGGACGGUGAAGAUGCUCUGCCAGCUGUGGACAAGCUCAAGGUUACUGCAUAA